AGUGAGUUGAAUAUUGUGCAGCAGUAUGAAGCAAUUGUGAGAAAAUGUCUUGAUUGUGCCAUCUGUACGCACAGCUCUCCCUCUUGUGGCUGGUUUUUACAUGACACUUCAUUUGAGUUUUGCUCUCAGUAGUGAUGUCUUUACAGUCGGUCAUUGUGUUUUUCAGUCAUUAUCUCCUUUAAACAGUCGUUUAUACAGUCAUCUGUAACAGGUCUGGACUUAUGUUUGUUGAAGCAGUUGAAAUACACCAGAUAAUACAUGAUAUUACUCUUUGCCUGGGGGAUUGUGUUAUAUGUGUAUUUAUUUGAAAACAGGACAGCAUGUAAAGAGUUUUCAGGAGUAACACAAUCAUUUUCCAGCUCUGUACUGAAAUGUUUGUGCAGGUUUCUCUCCGUGUUCGUCCAUGCUGUGGACUGAAGACUGGACGGCGUGCUAAAGCAUAUCACUGUGAUGCAGUUAUUCUCCUCCGGUUUGUUUCUACAGGUCAUGUAGGCGCUCCGCUGCCCUGUAAUCUCAUUAAACUGCUGGAUGUGGCUGAGAAGAACUACUUUGCUGCUAAAGGAGAGGGAGAGAUCUGUGUGAAAGGCCCUAAUGUCUUCAAGGGCUAUCUGAAGGAUCCCGUGAGGACGGCUGAGACGCUGGAUGCAGACGGAUGGCUUCACACGGGAGACAUUGGCAAGUGGCUGUCGAACGGCACGCUGAAGAUCAUCGACAGGAAGAAGCACAUCUUCAAGUUAGCUCAAGGAGAAUAUAUUUCCCCAGAGAAGAUCGAGAGCAUCUACAUCCGCAGCGAGCCCGUGUCUCAGCUCUAUGUGCACGGAGACAGCCUGCAGUCGUGUCUGGUGGGAAUCAUCGUCCCGGAUCCGGAGGUCUUACCCUCGUGGGCUCAGAAGAAAGGCUUCGAGGGAUGCUAUGACGAGCUGUGUGAAAAUAAAGAACUGAAGAAAGCCAUUCUGGAUGACAUGGUGCGCUUGGGAAAAGCCAGUGGCCUCCAUUCAUUCGAACAGGUUAAAGACAUCCACAUCCAUAAAGAAAUGUUCUCCAUACAAAACGGAUUGCUGACCCCCACUUUAAAAUCCAGGAGACCAGAGCUGAAGGAGUAUUUCAGCAGGGCAAUCGAGCAGCUGUACAGCAACAUCUCCAUGUGAUCGCUCGUCUCCAGCAGAUGAGGACAGCCCAUCAUUCCUUCACUAUUUGUUCUUCUUCGUUGAAAACUAGCUGGCACUAAACGCUCCGAACGAGCCACGGGCGCCGAGGCCGAGCAUGAGCUUUACUCGAUGAAAGAAUAUUAAACGAGUAAUUCCCCCUUUGGCUGUGAAUGUCAACAGUUGGUGUGCCUUUAGAAACGUGGCAGAGCUACAACCAAAUGGAGUCGUCCUC